AUGGACGUUAACGUGGACCAUCCUCGCCCGAUAGUUACUAUAUUCAGCAUCACCCAGGACUGUCGCCACCUGCUACAACGAUGUGCACGUGAUGAACAGCUUACUGGAAUACAUUGGGCUCAGAACCGCUUGAGCGACUUCAAUCUAUGGGAUGCGGGCGUUGGUGCGAGCGCAAAAGAGCAACACUCACUUGAAACCCGUCUGCGCGACGAUGAUGCAGCAACAAAAUUUGUCAUUAGUUCUCUCAGU